AUGUAUAGGUGGCAGGGGUAUUCUGGCGCCACCCAGUGGCUCCGCAACUGCACUAUCGCCUUCCUCUCCUGCACUAACUCCUUCUUCGGGCCUGUAGGCCUCUUCAUCAAACCCUGCCCAUUCACCACAGAUCGCGCCCACCCUCUGUUCCACACCUCUUUCACCAUUCCCUUCGACACCCCGCGUCGGCUCCUCGCGCUCACCAAAGAGGACUUUCUCCCCAUCGGACUAUCGGGCCUCCCCUCCGAGUCCAAGGGAUGGGAGUGGGCAAACAUACUCCUCGCACACCCGGUCCCGCCCCACACCGAAGCCCCCCGCCGCGCUCUCACGCAGAUGAACGCGUCCCUCGCGACGCCGUUCCGCGUCCCCGAAGCCUCGCUCCACGCGUGCGUAGCAGAGGGCGUGCGGCUUACGAGCUUCUGCAAGAGCGGAGACGUCGUGGGGCUCCAGUUCAUGUACGGAGACGCCUCACUCCCGCUUGAGGUGAUUGUACGGCUAGGGCUAUGUCUGCGGGGAAGUGACCGCCGGGAGACUGGCAUGUCAGAUCUCACCACUUUUGCGGCUCGUCCCAGCGCUUCAACCUGCCACUGGGCCACGAUGCAUUUCCCCGACAAUGGAGACUUCCGAUUCGGUGAGAGCCUGAAGUGCAUUCUGGAGAAAUGGAACAAGCGCCACGAGUGCGGGGAGGAUCAUGUGCGCAACUGGACGGACAGGAGAAAGCUCUUUUCGGGGAGGUGGGGACUCCAGAAAGUUGUGAUCUCGUUCACAGUUUGUCCCAUGAACGGGACGGGAAAUACACUGGAGCUGCAUAUUUCUCGUAAAUAG